AAAACAGAAAAAAGAAAAUGAAAAACAGAAAACAGAAAACAGAAAACAGAAAACAGAAAACAGAAAACAGAAAACAGGAAACAGAAAGCAGAAAACAACAAAUAAAUAAUAGAAAAUAGAAAAUAGAAAAUAGAAAAUAGGAAAUAGAAAAUAGAAAAUAGAAAAUAGAAAAUAGAAAAUAGAAAAUAGAAAAUUAAAAAUUAAAAAUAGAAAAUAGAAAAUAGAAAAUAGAAAAUAGAAAAUAGAAAAUAGAAAAUAGGAAAUAGAAAACAGAAAACAGAAAACAGAAAACACAAAACACAAAACAGAAAACAGAAAACCAAAAAAAAACAGAAAAAAGAAACAGGAAACAGAAAAUAGAAAACAGAAAACAGAAAACUGAAAACAGAAAACAGAAAACAGAAAACAGGAAACAGAAAACCAGAAAACAGAAAACAGAAAACAGAAAACAGAAAAUAGAAAACAGAAAACAGAAAACAGAAAACAGAAAACAGAAAACAGAAAACAGGAAACAGAAAACAGAAAACAGAAAAUAGAAAACAGAAAACAAAAAAAAAACAGAAAACUGAAAAUAGAAAACAGAAAACAGAAAACAAAACGAAAGAAAACAGAAAUCAUAAAACAGAAAACAGAAAAAACAGCAAACAAAGAACACAAAAACACAAAAACAAAAAACAUAAAAAAAACAGAAGAAUAGAAAACAGAAAACAUAGAACAGAAACCAGAAAACAGCAAACAAAAGACAUAAAAACACAAAAACAAAAACCAGAUAACAAAAUACGAAAAAAAAAACAGGAAACAAAAAACAAAAAUCAGCAAAAACAACAAAAAAAGGAGAAAACAGGAAACAAAAACAGCGAACAGAAAAAAAGAUAGAAGGAAACAGCAAAAAGAGAACAGAAAACAAAAAACUGAAAACAGUAAACAGAAAUGAGAAAACAGACACCAGAAAACAGCAAACAGAAAACAAUAAACAGAAAACGGUAAAAAAGAAAACAUAAAACAGAAUGAUUUAAGAACAGAAAACAAAAAACAUCAAAAAGAAAAAGGAAAACAGAAAACAAAAAAACCGAAAGCCAAAAACAUAGAAAAGUAAAUAAGCAAAAAUCCAUGACAAAAUGUUUAAAAUAAAGAAUUAGAGUAAUAAGACAGUAACUACAAAAAUGUUUAUAAUACUAGAAAACUUUUUAUGCAUAUGUUAUAAUUCCUAAGAUUGUGAUUUUUUUCGAUUGUGAUUUUCUGGUUUGAAGGUUAAUUUAGUUUUAUGACACAUUACGUGAUAUGAAACUUUUAAGAUGAUUCAUUGAUAUUUGCUUAACUGACGCGAGGAAGAAUCAAGUAUAUUCCAGUUGGAGAAUAUUCGGAUUCCACACUUAUAACUUUGUAUCAUAAAAGGCUGCUACAAUAACAAUCAACGAAGUGUUACAGAGAGUUGAGUAUUUAUUCUUGGUAUGAAGUGAUGGCAUUCGAAGAACAUAUAGAUAAAUAAAAUUUUAGAGCAAGGGCGUUGAACUUUUCCAUUCACUUUUGUGAAAAGGACGAUAGUUGAUUUUUUUUCUGUAUGGACUUUCUCACUGCGACCAGAAUUGUUGUGCUAUUGUGAGAUAUGCCCGGGUAUCUGCUGUAUCCCGCACUCCUAUUAUAAGCAAUACCGCUUUUGAGAAGGGGCAUGCUCAUUAUUAUUAUUUUUUUUAUCAAGUGCUUGUGUGAAAUGUGAUUUUACCUUAUCUUUUACACGCUUACUGUUUUACUAUACCGAGGCUCGUUCCUCCAGCCAAAUAUCACCAAUUAUGAUUCCCUGGAGAAGUUUCGUCGUGCGUCCUUCUGGCCAGUUUUAUUGAUAAGAGGGACUUAUUUUUGUUAAGAGGAAGUCACGCAAAGGUAUUGUAGAUUCCAGCGUAAAGGAAGGGUAACUGGUGGGGAGCCUGAGAAUAAACCCAUGCUUAAGUUCUUUUUGACAUCGAACGGCUUGGUUCUACUAAGAUUCGAACCCACGACCAUUUGCUUGACGAAGCGGACUCUGUAACCUUGCGGCUACGCAGUUCCUUUAGUUGAUACUCUACCGUUAAACUUUCCAUGAUCAAUCACAAUAGCCCAUGAGCAGAAGAUAACUGUGUAAAUCGGUUUAUAUCAGACAAAUUAAAUUGCGAUUUAUACCAAUAAUGACUACUCAUUCCUAAUUGCAUUUCCGCAACUGUAGCAGCAAUCAGGAUAAUAAAUAAUCGGAUUAAUUAUCCCUAAGCCCGGAAAGAGAAAUAACGAACCACAUGCAGUCGAUAGGUUCCAUUCGGAUCUAUAAGUUAUAGUGGCAGUUAUAUUAUCGAACUUUUCCCGUCAGACACUUUGCGCUGCUGAAAAUACUUGAAAGUUAAACUUAAACCUUGUUAUAUGAACCAAAAUUUUCCAAAAAGGAAAGGGAUAAAAUUAGACUAAAAUUCAAAAUGUUCACACCCAUCCCAAUCUAUUGCUAUCCAAUAAAAUUAUCCGUCGAUUAUAAUUACAAACAAUUCCGCCCAAUGAGUAAGCAAGUAUAACCGCAGUGACAUUUGAGCCAACCAAGCUCGUUAACAUUUCCUGGCAGGUGUAAGCCGGCUGGGGUAAUUGUGCGUCCUCACUCCGAAUAUCUCUCUUUAUAGGAUCGUCGGGCAUAAAAUCCCGAUAAGCAUCCAUUAUGUAACAUUGCAGCGGAACGCUGUAUAAUAUUACGCACCUGUACACCGAUGGGUAUUCGCCAGCCAACCGUAAAAAGACCAUGAUGCUGAACGAAUUCCCACCCCAUCUGGCCGCCAAGGGUGGUACCGAAUCCUCGAACAAUAGCAGGAAAAUUAUCGCACUCAGCCCUGUUCGAAAAGAUAACAAUAAAAGCAAAUAUCCAGCUGAGCACGAUCGUCGCCAAGUGAAUAAGCAGCAUCCACCACAAAUGAACAGUAGGACAUCCAAUUGCAAUAAUAAACCUUAUCAAAACAAUAAUUAUUAUUGCGGUAGUGUGGAUAUGAACCGUACGAUUAGUUUGAGUAAACGCAGAAUGCUCCAACAUAGUCAAGCAGUGGUUGCGGUUCCGCAAAUUAAAAUCGUAAUCGAUGAUACUGAACAGAAACGAGCCAGCCGAUGUUCGGGGUGCGUAAGUAAUCGACGACAGUGCAUUUCACGGCCUAGUACUGACCAGCGCCAAGUGGAAGUGGUUUCCUCGCCGAGUUUGCUAACCCCAAGCAGUCCACCGGCCUCCUUUUGGGGGUUUGGAUUCGGUAACGGUGACCAUAAUGGGGGCACACCAACAAGUGAAGAUGAUUCAAGUUAUGUGGUGGACUUUGAACUCGAUGAGGUGAUUCCCGACGAGGAAGUGGACGAUGAUAAUAGUGAAACGGGUGAUAAUCCUCGCUAUCGUCAUCAGCUGAUGCUACGGUACGGUUCACUGAUGGACGAAGAUGAAGAGGAGGAAGAAGAGGAGGAUGAAGCCGGAAACGACAACGGACACCCAAACCGCAGUGCUUGCAAACUAUCGGACAAAAAUAGGGCCGACCGGCUUGCCCGUCCACGAAUGUCACUGCUGGGGAAGCCGCUCAACUAUAACCGCGGCUCACGACGUGAUGCCCGUUAUAGGCGGCUGCAAAGCAGGGUCUACAACUUUCUGGAGCGACCGCGGGGCGUCAAAGCGAUUCUCUACCAUGUCCUUGUAUUCUUCAUGGUGUUCACAUGUUUGGCCUUAAGUGUCUUCUCAACUAUUCAGGAAUACGAGCUACAAGCAAUCGCCAUCUUAUUCGUCAUGGAAAUCGUCGUAGUUGUAUGGUUUUCGAUCGAGUUCUUCCUACGAUUAUGGUCAUCAGGAUGCCGCUCACGAUACCAAGGAGCCGUUGGGAGGCUGAAAUUUUUGAAACGGCCUUUUUGUAUAAUAGAUGUAGUGACGAUAGUUGCCUCGAUAGCGAUACUUGUGAUGAGAUCGUCUGGUCAGGUCUUUGCGGCAAGUGCAUUGCGUGGCCUGCGGUUCUUCCAAAUCCUUCGGAUGGUGCGGAUGGACCGCCGUGGUGGCACGUGGAAACUACUAGGGAGCGUCGUUUAUGCUCAUAGACAAGAACUCAUUACAACGUUGUACAUAGGAUUCCUGGGCCUUAUUUUUGCCUCGUUUUUAGUAUAUUUAAUGGAGAAGGAUGUAGAAGGAACCAAGUUCAAUAACUUUGCUCAAGCCUUGUGGUGGGGUGUGAUAACGCUAUGCACGGUCGGAUACGGUGAUAUGGUUCCGGAUACGUGGCAAGGGAAAAUUAUAGCAUCGUUUUGCGCCUUACUCGGAAUCUCGUUUUUCGCCCUGCCGGCGGGCAUCCUCGGCAGCGGCUUCGCCUUGAAAGUACAACAGCAACAGCGACAGAAGCACAUGAUACGGCGUCGUCAGCCGGCUGCAACGUUGAUCCAAUCGCUCUGGAGAUGCUACGCAGCCGACGAACAUUCGCUUUCCGAAGCGACAUGGAAAAUUCACCAAGUACCUCUUCCAAGCCCGCCGCCAUCAUCCAAGCUAGAAGCAGCCGAAAAACUGGCCGCCUCCUCCGCCGCAGCGCGGGCGUCUUCGAGCUUCAAGCACAACGCCUCGUUCGUGGCCCGGCUGCCUACGAUCCGGCGACACAAAAGCCAGUCUCUGCAUUCACCUGGGAACGCGAAACCGUCCAGUGGAAGCACUGGUGGAGGCGGCAGUGGCCGGGCCGGCCGCUGCCCUCGGGUGACAGACAUCAACGCUUCCUCGGAGAAUUUGGAAGUGACCAACAACGGUAGGCCCAUGAACCCCAGUCUCAGUGAAGACUCGGUCGCGGAGACAGCACUUUCCAAGAAAAAUUCCGAUGCGGGCCUCGAGAUGGCGUCUAUGUCGUCGAUACCGGGCACGACGACCGCAGGUAACGAUCUUGUCCCAGGACGUGGCUUUCGGUCCACCGCCAGUCUAUGCCAGUCGGCAUCCCGAAGGAGCAGUUUCGUCGCCAAUAUAUUCGCGUCCAGUUCGCAGCAGAGGCGGGACAGCACAAACGAGAGCAGCGCCUUGGUUGGUCAUCUCGGUUCUGGGUCCGCAGCUGCCGCUAACAGUAACGUGUUUCAUUCAGACUUUAGUACUAGUAACAAUAGCGAUAAUUCCAACGUUCCGACUAUGCUAAGAUUCGGCGGAGCCUCCGCCCUGCCAAUAUUGCUCUGCGGGCAGUUGCGCAACGAGAUACUCACUAACCAGCCAAACAAACAAUUUUCAUUUUUCACACAACCAAGUACUGACUCUCUGAAUUACCAUCUAAUUAGCACACGCAACGAAGAUGAGGAACCGAGAUGUGUACAGCUAACUAAUCAGCACAAGGGGGCCAUCCGAUUCAUCCGAAAGAUGAAGUACUUUGUAGCGCGGCGCAAGUUCAAAGAAGCCUUGAAGCCGUACGACGUGAAAGACGUCAUGGAGCAGUACGCAGCCGGACACGUCGAUCUGCUCGGUCGAGUGAAGAAUGUUCAAACUAGGUUAGACCAAAUACUUGGCAAACAAGGAUCAAAAUCAAAAGAUGUGUACGCAUCAAAAAUUAGCUUAGCUUCUCGCGUAGUGAAAAUUGAAAGACAAGUCGAUGACAUAGAGACAAAGGUAGAUACGUUUAUAGAGUUAUAUAUGCAGGAUCGGAAGCGUCUUUUAUCACUUCCUCUUCAUCCUGACACAUCACAUUCCAACAAUCCAAACCUUCCAUCGUUGCCACCGAAAGGGGGCGGAGCAGCGGCUGUAAUCACAUCUGUGACAAGUAGUUCUAGUGGUUCGUUAAAACCAAAACCUAUUUUAAUAGAUAAACAAUUUUCGGAGCCGAAUUCACCGAUAGCGAAAACAUUCGAAGAACCAAUACAGCAAAAACGUCCACCAAUGCAACGCGGAUACUCCGACCUGGGUCAUAGGAUUAAGAAGCGUGUUACGUUAAGUUCUAUACCUCCGCAGUACGUAGGAAAUAGUCCCGGUCAAGUGAAUGAUCGCGGUGACGUCGUAAUUGUAGUUCCUAACCUAGAUCCCGACCAGAUGGAACCGGUUGGUAUCGAGGAGCUCGCAUCGGUCUGUAUCGAUACCGAGAUCGAGAUCGAACCCGGUAGCCCGAAAACCAUCACGGAAAGCUCAAUUAUAAUGAUGGACGAGGAAGACGACGAUGAAGAUGAAGAGGAAGAUAUUGAAGAAGAGGAGCUGGACAUCGGAGGUGAGAUCGACCCGGACUCACCGCCUUGGGACAUGUACGGUGAUCUGGACGUUGAUGAUCAGGAUGAGUCAACGGAAAACACGGCGCUGCUGCGAACAGCUGCUAAAACGGAAAUUAUUGUUACACCCAUCAGCCCGGUCAGCUCCGCAUAUGAACUCCACAGGUUGGACAGCAGCGAAGACUACAAACGAUCCCGACUGGGAAUAGCCAGUACUAGUAGCUGCCCCACUACUAACGGUGGCUCGAACACUAACAACAACGACGCCGACGGCCGACAACUUGUUAUCCCAUCAACGGCAGCCAGCGGCACCACGACUGGCACUACAAUGGAUUCACUCAAACCGGAAAUGACCCCACAGCGGCUUCAGCGGCUAUCCUCCGAAGACAUAUGAGAAUGGCUGAAACUAUCCCCAACGAUCCCACUUAGUUUGUGCUGCCGUUGCUGCCACGACAGUCUCCUUUCGUUUCAAUCUGCGUUCGAAUAUGUUUUCCACGAAAUUCAUCUAAUGAUUGCGAUUUUGCUGGUUCUCUCGUUUCCGACACCGACAACUACUGAGGAUGGAAAAAUGAUAACAGCCCAUAGGGUACACCAACUACAUCAAAAGAAUUCAGGAGAAUGCAGCAUAACCGGAAGUCCCCGGCACCCAAUAGUAACGCUUAGCCACCUCCAAACGUAUAGGUUUAGAGUACAUAUUCGUUUAAGGUAACCUUUCCAUUUCACCCACUGAUUGCAAAAGUGAAGAAGAAUGACGAUUAGAUUCUAGAUCAAAGAACGUUGCAGCAUAUUUCGGAUUUUCUUUCUGUGCAAUGCUUUAAUCCGUGACUAUUCCUUUUAAUAGAAGCGUUCAUGGCAUGAUUUGAAGUUUCCCGUUUCCUCCAAUCAUGCUGGUUUAAAAUACUAUUUAGAAAUAAAUCGAGAGUCCGGGCGUUUAUCAUUUCAAACAUCAUGGAGAACAAUUUAAAAGAUACAAAAUCAACAUGCCAUCACGCUUUUAGAAUUUAAACUUUAUGUUAACUUCGAGAAAUAACUCGAAGUGGUCCAGAUAAAAUCUGACAUAAAACUUUAGCAAACCAUCUCAAAAAUAUGAUAUUCCAAUUUGCACUUGAAUAUACUCUCACGGUCGCAUAAUCUAUUGUCGAUCAACUAUGCCAAGGGCGUAUGGUUUCCCACUUAGUUAUGAAUAGCGAUUAGUUUUUGUUUACUUGUUAUUCAGCAGUUUUUCUAACUACCACUACUAUAUUCAAAGCAAGCACAAAAAUGACAGUAUUGUGAUUUCCGAUCGAAACUAUCCUCAUGACAGCUCGUAAGUCUCGAAUAUGAUUGGUGAAUGUAGCGAAGAUUUAGGAUUCAGGCAAUAUUAGACUAUAUUUGCGCACGUAGGCACUAAGCUAAUGAACAGACGAAACCCAAACAGUAAACACAAGCGAAGACGAAACACUCGGUGAGGACGAAAUGCAAUUCCGUUAGUAGAAAACAUUCGAGAAGUACAUAACAUCAAAUAAAUGUUCCAUGACGAGCAAAUCGAUGCAUAUAUUCUUAACGAUAAAAGGCCAAACGCGGAUUUCGUUAUAAACAAACCCACUCUUUAAAGUGGUGUUUUGUAACAAAAAGAAAAAAAGAGUAGCAAAUUUUACAUAACACAGAAAUACACCUUAAACAAUAGUAACUACCACAGAUUGUAAGCUAGACAUUCGUAGAGUAGAUAAAUAAGUUAAACUGCAUACAAACAUGUCAAUUAUUAAUUAUAAAGCGACGGACAGUAGAUAAGUAGAGUAAUGCUGGUGAUAGUAAUAAAUUAAUAGGGACUAUGUAAAAAGAUAAAUAUAAUACCGAAGGCCGGUUUCAAAGCGUUCAUGAAUACGCCACGUGCUCUCUUUACUUGCAACUCGAAAUAUAAUGUACAUAUAAAUAAAUACGAAUAUAUUAGAACAGAUUACAGAGUUUCCCCUUGUCCAUGGAAUCGCAACAUAACAGCUAGUUUUCGUGCACGAAACAAAAGGGUUUGACUGAAAAUCGUAAUCUCAGUAUUGCAAGGAAACGCACAUACACGCACACAAAAAUACAAACACGCAUACAUACACACACAUACACUCAAAAUUCAGCCUUUUCCUCAAAUCCUUUAGAGCCCUUCGGAUACCGAAAGCUAAGCAAACACAAAAGACAGUUGAAUACCAGAAACGAUUCCCUAGGCGAUUGGAACCAAAACGGGCGGCUAACUCCAUCGGUCGAACACACAAAGUAAAAUAGAAAAGCAGAGAACCUCUGUCAUUCAGAAUCAAAAACAUCUUCCAGAAUUACCUAAUUAUCACGUGAUUAUUCAACCGAACGGUGAAUGGAUUCUCCGUGGAACUCAUCACCAGAAAAUCAGAUUGACAAGGGGCACGCAAAUCAAACGUGAAAGACAAUGUGAAGGAUAUUAUAGAACGUAAGCAUAGAGUAACAAACAAGACAAUAAUGUCCUGGUGGUAAAAAUUCUUACGAAAAAGUAUUACUCUCCCAUAUAUUCUAACGAGACAAGAAAAGAACACUAACGUGCAGGAAGAAGAACUUCGAUAAUAUUUUCUCGAUUUAGUAUGCGUUUCUUGCGUUAUGAUUAGUACCACCUUAGAGUUGAAUAUACUUUGUUUUUGUUAAUUAAGUUGGAUCCGUUACUGCUACAAUUCUUUUUUGUUUCAGUUACACUAGUUGUAGAAUAAAAGUUGCUACACAGUACUAUUUUUUGUUUCAUUUCUUCUCUACCUUUUGUUCGUUGUAGACAUGGUUUUAAAGUUCGGUAAACGAAGUUCAAAAACGCAGCAGUUGCCAUGAGUAGUAACUACAAUUUUAACAUUGUGAUAUACAGACCUCGUUCGAUUUUGACACGGUUCAAUUUUGGUAACAUAAAAACAUUGGCCGUGUUGCCACCAGUUACCAUCCAAGCGUUGAAUUGAAUUUUCGCUUCAGUCCGGUAGGCAUCGGACAACACUGUUCGGAUUGGUUAUAUAAUUGGCUGUUAACCCUCUAGUGCCCAAUGCCGCCAUUUGGCGGGCUUAGUCGAAGUUCCAAAAAGCUUCAAUAAAUACUUAAAAAUGUUUCUAAUGAUUCAUAGUGAUUUUAUCGAAGUCCGUUUAGAAAUUAAUUUGGGCACUAGAGGGUUAAAUUUUCUUUUCAGUCCGGUAGGCAUCAUAAAAAAAUUUAAAUUUGGACGUAUUUCCAAAAUCGAACAUGGCCUGUGUAUAUUGUUUUAAUCAUUUGAUUAUUUUUAUUAUAUUCUCGAUCCUUCUUUAUCAACAGACUGCACAGGAGCUUCUUAGUAUACUGAACAAUUGACAACCAUUUUACCAACACUAACGGGACACCUGCAAAAAUGACCAAUGUUAAAAGAUGGUGCUGUUCCAGCGGAAUUUUGCUUAUUGAUCAGGAAAACAAUAAUCAGUUGCCUUCUGUACAUCUUAUUCUAACUUUCGAGUACUUACCUAACAAACAAUUUUGUUGAAUUACAGCUUAUAAAGCUGCUAUUCGGUGGACUUCGGCUGAAUUAAAGCCUAAUAAGCUGUCAUACAACAAAAUUGUUCCCCGGGUACUUUCACUAAACGCAAUCUAUUUUUGUCGAAAAACAUGUUUUUCGACAAAUUGCUCCACCAGAAAAAAGCACAAAGCCCACAAUGUAAACAAAGUUACCAUUAAUUGUCAGAGAAGUGAGGUUAAAGAGGUUUGGUGACAUGGUCUAUAUUGAGGUAAAAGCUAAGGGCUAGAUACCUUUUAUAAAAUAUAAAUAUAAUGUUACUCGAUAUUGGUUGAUAUAUUUUGAUAUUUGUCGUUCAUCUGUCAAUUGACAACCCUCCAACCAUUAUGUCACUUCAAUGAGCUAUGAUAUAAAUAGAGGAGUGCCCUAAACUGCAACGAUAAAUACUUCGUUAUAUUGAAUAUUGAAAAUAUUUCACAAUAGAUCAAUAGUGUCUUGCCCCUAGGGUAACAGUUAAGUUUUAUUUUUAAUUCUUUGUUGCAAUGUUUAAUUUUUUUCAUUCCGCAAUCUCUUAAGUCGACAGUCUCGAGUAUAGAUUCAAAAAAGAACCGACGAAAAUAUAUUACAUCGACCUACUUUGUAAAGAGGUUAUAUUAUCGAGGUACGACUGCAGCAUCUUUCCCGACUGCAAUAACUUAGUUGACCUCGCAUUCCCUCAACCCUGCUUCCACUGAGUUUAACAUUCACUUAGCCUCGUAUCGUAACCUAACAUUACGAAAAAAAAGCAAAUGUCACAUCAUUUUGCCAGCGGUCUCAUCAGAAAAACUGCACUAAAAACAAAAUAAAAGCAGGAAACCUCAUAUCUAAUUGACCUCAAAACUAUCGUAUCAGCUAUACCCUGAAUGCAUUUGGUGUCUACUUGGUUUCAGGUGGAUUUCCGCCAAAAAAGACAUGCGCCCAAACGGUUUUUUUUUUUUUGACGUGGGACUACGUCUUUCUUCACUAUACUAAGGUACCUUCUGUGAAAACUGGAUUGAACAUGUAACGUUUUUGGUUGGCGGAAUGGAAGAUUUUAGAUGAUAAUAGCGCUCAAACAACUGUUCCGAUUUCAAUACUUAAUACACCGUUGGAAAGCAAAAAUAUACAAGAUUUGUAUAACAUGAUAUUUUUAGUUACCAUUUUCUUAUUACUCCGUGAAAAUUGCGGAAAAGUUUGAAGGUGGAAUAUCCACAUACAUUUUUCAUACGAUUGGUAUAUUUCCCUAACGCAGACUUCAAAAACAUAGACGAAAUGAUUUCACGCCUUCAGUCAUUGGCUAGCGAUGCCAGCCACUUGGCAUCGCAUUCAUCACCCAACGUAAGCGACGAAGAAAGAAAGCAGAGAUGCUUCCACAUGAUUGGUUCUUGCUCCAAUCACCCAAGUUCUCCACACUGAGUGACGCUAUAAAAGGACAUUCCGUGUUGAGAGAAGAUAAUUCCCUGGUCGACCUGGUUGGACCCCACCAGUGGUAAUCUAAUUCAGAUAUCGUUUCCAAAAUUUCAAAAACAGCCCGAAAUUGGACGUGAACGGCACUGGGGACCAUUGGAAGCCGUUGGAAGGGACCAUUGGAAGACUUGGAAGCCGUUUGGGUGCUGCCGAUAGUAUAGGUAUAGUGUGUCGUAUUCGUAUAUCAAGCGUAUGUGCCUGAGUAGCGUGUGGGUGUGAAUAAAUAUAUAAAUAAAUGUGUGUUUAUGUGUAUAUGUGUAUGUGUGUGUAUAUGUGUGUGGAUGUGUGUUUGUGGAUGUGUAUGUAUAUGUGUAUGUGAAUGUGUGUGUGUGUAUGCGUAUGCGUGUGUAUGUGUAUGUAUAUGUGUGUGUAUGUGUAUGUGUGUGUAUGUGUGAAUAGCGUGUAUGUGUAUGUAUGUAAGUGUGUAUGUAAGUGUGUAUAUGUGUAUGUGUGUAUCUGUGUGUUUGUGUGUGUAUGAGUAUGUGUGUAUGUGUGUAUGAGUAUGUGUGUAUGUGUGUGUUUGUGUGUAUGAGUAUGUGUGUAUGUGUGUGUGUAUUACGUGUAUGUGUGUAUAACAUGUGUGUGCAAAAAUGCAUUUAUCCGAGGUAAAUACAUUUAUGACAGUACACUUGUAUAGGCACCAAGUUAAUUAUUUUUCCUAUUAGUACUUCAAUUGGUAUUUUUAUGGUAGUGACCAUAUUUUUAUGCUAGUUACUUUCAGCACUGAGCUUUUUUUGUGUUUAUUCUUAACAUGGAAUUGUCCAAAAUUCAUAUUUUUCUAAUCAAUUUAGCAAAACAAAGCUUUCUCUUGCGAUUUUUUGAAAGCAUGUGAAGAAGUUUCUUAAGUUUAGGCAAAAAGUGAUGAGAAAUUACAUGGGACUGUUAUGCAUUUAUGGGCAGUUCAUGUGGGUAUUGGCAUUUGUAUGCUGUGGUAUAUGACAGGUGUAUGUGGGUUUUUGUGAAAUGCUCAUGGAUUAUUUUGUAUGGUAUUUGUACGCUUGGUGUGUGUUAUAUACUAUGGUUAUGGCAGAAUUUCAUUUUUUUCUUAUUCAAUUUUUUUGGUUUGUAACUAUUGAAAAAAAAACACUAUUGAAAAAUGCAUAUUUUACCCCACCGCGUUGAACACAAACUCAGUGCGUUUUAUUUAAUUUUCUCUCAAAUCUCCACAAUUUCAGAUUAUGUCAGUUGUUGAUUUCGUUUAGUAUGUUAAAUAGGUUAAAUAGGUAAGAAGAUGUGGUAAGGCGAUAUCCAUGAUUUACGUAACACAUAAAACCCAAUUUUUCACCAGCUGCCUCGAAUGUCUGUCUGUGGGAAUACAAUUUUGUGAGUAAAACUUGUUCUGGGAAGGAGGCUGCACGAUGGAGCUGGAAUUUUCGAGGGGACCUUUUUCUAGAAGACAAAACUUUUAAUAGGGUACCGGCUCUAUUUUCGUCAGGUCUUACCUAUUUUCGUCCGGGGGGUAAAUGAUGUCCUAGAGCGUUUGUUUCUUGCUUGAUGGUUCUUCAUAAUGCAGAGUACCUCUCUGCAAAAUAUUAGUUCUCUAUGACUUCAUUAACCCCCCGGACGAUAAUAGGUAAAACAUGACGAUAAUAGAGCCGAUACCCUACCUACCGCUAAACAAAAUUCGAAAAGUUGAUUUCACAUGAUACUUAUUAUUUUAGGUUACUCUCUCUUCAAUGUUCUAAAAAUUCACAUUCUUUAUCCAACAUGUUGCUGCGUUUCGUCUCAUUGAAAAUUUAUACCCAUUAUUUCAUAUUUUUAUUUUCAGCAACAUUUACCACCAAAUGAAGUACCUUCGUUUGAAUUGAACAUUAUUUCAGUAAUUCCAAUUACCCGAUCGGUUACAAACAGUUCGAUUGGAGCUACGUCAGUAGUCAGUAGUCACCGUGUCCAGUUAACUUGAUUUCAAGUUAUCUUCGCAUUUUCAAUAAAAAUUUCAAGUCAAACCGCUUUUUUCAAAGCCAUCGAUCAUUUUGAACCAUGAAUCUGAUAUUGAUCAACUUUCUAAAAGCAUCCGAUUUAGAGAUAGUUCCCAUUAAAGUUCGGAAAAUUCGAAUGAUUCACGAAAAUACUUUUUUUUCUAAUGUUGUUCGGAAUGAAAAACUCAGAAGUUGUACCUAUCUAUCGUCUACCUUAUCCUCAAAUAGCAAUAAAGGCCUUCAGGAGCUCAUAUAAACGAACAAACAAAGGGAUGAAUUCAUGUUUUUAUUACCCUUUUUAUUUAAAGUUAGUCUGUAAUCAUUACGCAGGAUGUUUGUUGUUUUGAAAACCGGUAAUGUCAGCGGAGUAUUAAGUUAUUCUCAGAGUUGUUCCGUACACUAAAAGCUUCGCCUACGAAUUCUACCGAUCAAAAACUAUUGAGUCUCGGAGAUAUCAAACUUAUUGAUUUGGUUUCAGACGUGUCAAGUUUCAAACAAUUCAAAUGGUAUAUUGUUACAUAAUUUAAUGAUUUUAUAAUAAAACAAAUUAUAUACUUCUUUGCUACAGCAAUUUUUUAGAUACAAUCAAAAAGCCUGCAUAAUAAAGCUAGACCAAAGUCAAUAUAAUUCACUAUAAACCUUUGAAGAAAAAGAUUCAAAUCCUGUACAUAUAGGCAAAGACAAAAGGCGGAUAAAACGUUGUACAUUUUCAAAAUCAAAAGGGUCAAAAAGUUUUAAGAAAAGCUGCAAUAAGCCGAAAAUCAAACAGAAACCCAAAUCAAAACAUGUAAAUAAGGCGAAAGCGAAGCAUUAGUAGAUGAAGCUACUUUUCGAUAGAAACGAUAUCCAGUGAUCGUAAUAAUACAAGACGUACAAUUUGAUUCAAAACCAUUAUUACUUCAUAUCAGUAGCUGUUGCAAUUUCACUGGAUUUUCUGUCAAUUCAGGCUAAUUCAUAAUUUAUAUAUGCGUCUCCGUAAAGCCAAUCCGUCCUACUCUUUUGUAACAGAAAACACGAGGUUAUUUUCUACCAGCAAAAAAAAUUUCAACCUUAACUUAUAACCACUUUGCUUGAAUUUUGUAAUCAACACAAUUUUAAUCACAAGAUGUAGAAGAAUAUAUAGCCAUAAAAAGUUCAUUUAUAUUACACAUCCAAUUAGCACGUACCAAAACAAAAUAUAAAAUAAGAACAUUUACUGAAUUUAAUUAGAAACAUUUUCAUGUCGAUUCCAAAAGUAGCUAGCGAGUUUGAAGCGUUUUUAGACAGACACAUUGACUAGUCCACAUCUCAAUUUAAUAGAAAAAAACAUCUUCUAGAUAGACCAUGUAACCAUUUCUGUUGAAAACACAAGAUUGUUGCGUUUGAUUAUGUUUCUGUCUCAUCAACUUGAAUAUACAUGAUAACUUUAACUAAAAAUAAAGGGAUCACAAAAAUGGUACAAGAGCUUUACAUAAAGGAUAAGUUAGGAAAAAAGAAUUAAUCCUAUAAUAAAAAUCAUUACCAAAUUAUCGCGCCUAUUAGAUUUUUCGACCAAAUUAUUCAUCAUACUAAUCCACUCUAGCACCAUUAAAUUGUUGGCACAAGUGAAAUUCAAUUCAGUAUAAUGAUUAGAAUUAAAAUGCCAUUGUUCAAUAUGGUUAGAAAAUUCACAAUGAAAUGCGGAGCGUUCAAUGCCUUAGGUAUUUGAUAUUAAUUAUUUCUAUAUUAUUAUUCAAAUUUUUUUCCAUCCAUUAGGGCAACUUCUAAAUUUUUGAAUUUUAAUUGAAUUCGUUAGUUGAUUCUGUAUAUAUGUAGAUAUUUAAAAAAACGUUUAUAUCUGCAGCAAAAAUGUACAUAUUCGAGGUAUGGUUUUUCAAUUUCGCUUCCAUUCGAAAUUAUAAGUAGCAGCCAGAGCACAAGCGUAGUUAGUUCUUCAUAGUGGAAUAUAAACGAAGCAGAAGAUAUCGAUGCUAAAUUAUAUUUAUAUAUCUAUUAAACACGGCCAGAGUGAAUUUUUACUAUUCUUUUAUUGUUAAAAAAAUGUGAUAAUACAAAAAAUACCACAAAGUAACUAGAAAGAAAAGAAUAUAUUAUACUGUUAUAGAAGUGCGCAUAACACGUAAGCUCGCAAACGACAACAAUGUACAGCAGUAGUGAAGAAUACAGUUUAAAUAGCAGAACUCUACUAUGUAAAUAUAUUAAAACUAGCAGUUCAAAAAAGCUUACCAAGCCCACAAGCGUUGUACUUCACACAGAACUGGAAGUCCACAAACAGCAAAGUAUGCAAGUAAUAAACAAAAAUAUCUUAGCAAAACAAA